AUGGGCGACCACCAUACAGCAGGGACGCUGGUCUGGGUCAAUGACUCCCAGGCUGGCUGGAUUAAAGGAGAAGUGCAAAGAAUGGAGGACAAGAAGCUCAAAGACAUGACGACUCUGUCCUAUCUCAACGAGCCAGGCGUAUUGUGGAACUUGAAGUGUCGAUAUGUCCUGGAUGCUAUCUACACCUACACAGGGUCAAUUCUGAUUGCAGUCAACCCAUUUGCUCGGUUGCCACAUUUGUAUGGCCCCCACAUGAUGGAGCAGUAUCGAGGCCGUGAUUUGGGGGAGCUGUCGCCCCAUGUCUACGCCAUCGCAGAUGCGGCAUACAGACAAAUGCGCUCUGAGGCCAAGAGCCAAUCCAUUCUGGUGAGCGGAGAGAGUGGUGCUGGAAAGACAGAGACUGCGAAGCUCAUCAUGCAGUACCUGGCCUGGAUUGGCAAUGGAGGUGUGCUCAGCGAUGGGGAGAGCGUGGAGCAGCAGGUGCUGGAGUCCAACCCUCUGCUGGAGGCAUUCGGAAAUGCCAAGACGGUGCGGAACGACAACUCGUCGCGCUUCGGAAAGUUUGUGGAGAUCCAGUUUAACAAGGCCGGGCGCAUCAGCGGCGCGGCCGUGCGCACCUACCUCCUGGAGCGCUCCAGAGUGGUGCAGCUGACAGAUCCGGAGCGCAACUACCACAUCUUCUACCAGCUGUGCGAUGGUGCGAGCAGCAGCGAGAGGCAGGCUUGGCAGCUGGGGCAGGCCAAGGACUUCCACUACCUGAACCAGUCCUCCUGCUUCCAGCUCAAGGACGUCAACAGCGCAGAGGAGUACAAGCGGACAAGGCGGGCCAUGUCACUGGUGGGCAUCCCAGAGGAGGAGCAGCUGGCAGUGUGCCAGACAGUGGCAGCUGUGCUGCACCUGGGGAAUGUCUCUUUUGUGGACGGAGCUGAGCAGGACUCGUCCAAGGUGGCGCCGGGUGCUCCCCAGCAACACUUGGAAGCUGCCGCGAAGCUGCUCGGUGUGGGCGCUGAUGGGCUUGCCCAUGCCCUCACAACGCGCACACGGCACACCACGGACGGCCCGAUUGUGAGCCCCAUCGAUCGGAAGGCUGCCACAGACAACCGCGAUUCCCUGGCAAAGACCAUCUACUCGCGCUUGUUCGACUGGCUGGUUGCUAAGAUCAACACCUCCAUUGGCCAGGACCCCAACGCCGUGUCAAUGGUUGGUGUGCUGGAUAUCUACGGCUUUGAGUGCUUCAAGGAGAACGAUUUUGAGCAGUUCUGCAUCAACCUUGCGAACGAGAAGCUGCAGCAGCACUUCAACCAGCACGUAUUCAAGAUGGAGCAGGCCGAGUAUGAGCGCGAGGCCAUCGACUGGUCCUACAUCACCUUUGUGGACAACCAGGACGUGCUGGACCUCAUUGAGAAAAAGCCCCUGGGCAUCCUCGACCUCCUCGAUGAAACCUGCCGCUUCCCCAGGGCCACAUAUGCAGACCUGGCCAACCGGCUGUAUGCAUCGCCGGAGGUGAGCGGCUCUGCGCGCUUCAGCAAGCCCAAGCUGAGCCAGACGGGGUUCUCCAUCGAGCACUACGCCGGCCCCGUCACCUACAAGACCGACUACUUCCUGCCCAAGAACCGCGACUUUGUGGUGGCGGAGCACCAGAACCUGCUGCAGGCCUCCUCCCAAGGCUUCGUCCAGCUGCUGUUCCCUCCUGAGGCUGAGGCCAAUGGCAAUGCGAGCAAGGUGGGGCAGGGGUACAAAUUUUCGUCGGUGGGAAGCCGCUUCAAGCGCCAGCUGCAUGACCUGAUGGAGGCGCUGCACAAGAUGGAGCCCCACUACAUCCGCUGCAUCAAGCCCAACAGCUUCAACAGGCGCGCCCACCUCCAUCACCUUUCUCAUGCACUCAACGCAAGCUUUCUCAGGCUGCUUUGUGGUUUGACGGUGUGCAGGCCGAUGGACUUUGAGAACUCGAACGUGCUACAGCAGCUGCGGUGCGGGGGAGUGCUGGAGGCGGUUCGUAUUUCCUGCGCGGGCUUCCCCACCAAGUUCCCCUUUGAGGACUUUGUGGACCAUUUCUGGAACCUGGUCCCCGAGCUGCUGUCCCGCGACGACCUGGACGACAGCGCGCUCGCCAAGGCCGCCUGCCAGAAGGCCAAGCUCCAGGGCUUCCAGAUCGGCAAGACCAAGAUCUUCCUGCGGGCAGGGCAGAUGGCGGAGCUGGACAAGAUCCGCACAGAGCUGCUCAACCGUAGCGCCAUCAUCCUGCAGCGUCACGCUCGCGGAUUCGUCGCCCGAUCCAAGUACCGCCGCCAGCGCCAGGCCGCCAUCACCCUCCAGGCGGGGGUGCGCGGGUUUUUGGCGCGGGCCGAGGCGCGGCGGCUGCGGCAGUUGGCAGCGGCCACGAAGAUCCAGGCGGCCGCACGCAUGCAUGUGGCGCGCAGCAGCUACCUGCGCACACGCGCUGCCGUGCUGCUCAUCCAGGCAGCCUACCGCGGCCACACCGCCCGCACCGUGGCCGCAGACCUCAAGCAGCAGAAGGCAGCGCUGCGGUUGCAAGCCGCCUGGCGUGGCUACACCGCCCGCAAGAGCUUCCUCCGCACCCGCAAAGGAGUCGUCGCUCUUCAGACGCGGUGGCGGAGCAAGCUGGCAAAGAAGGAGCUGCGGAAGAGGCGCGCGGAGGCGCGCGAGUCAGGGAAGCUGCUGCAGGACAAGCAGGCACUGGAGCACCGGCUCAAGGAGAUGCAGGCCAUCCUGGAGACCGUGCAGAACCAGCGCAACGAGCUCAAGCAGCUCUACAAGGAGGAGAAGGCAGCAAGGGAGAAUGCCGAGGCACGCGCAGACGCGGUGCGGGCAGACAAGGAUGCGGAGUUGGCCGCGCUGCGCGCUGGGCUGGCGCAGGAGACGGCGGCCGAGGCGGAGGCGCGCGCGGCGGCCGAGCGGGAGCUGAACGAGCUGCGCGUGGCCCUGGCGCAGGCGCGCACCGCCACGGACGCCGUGCGCGCGCAGCUCACGGCCGAGAAGAUCCAGGCGCAGCAGCGCACCGCUGCCUUCGAGAAGCAGAAGCACGACAUCGAGGCCAAGUCUGCGAACGUGAAGGACGACCUGAUGAACCGGCUGAGCAACGCAAUCAAGCAGCGCGACGCCGCGCGCGAGGAGGCACUGCUGGCUGCCGAGAAGCUGAACAAGCUGCAGGAGGAUCUGGACAACGGCGUGCUCCAGGGGGCCCCCCAGCCCCUCGGCUCCGCCUCCCCCUCCCAAUCCCUCGCCACUCCGCCCGCCUUCCCCGGCGGCGCAGAGCCCGGGAUGCUGGAGCGGGCGCGCAAGUACAUGGGCAUGCCGGCCUCGCCGGGCCGGCCGCUGCCGGGCAUCCCCGACUCCAAUGGCACGACGCCCCCCGGGUUGCCCUCCAGCAUGCGCACGCCCCCCACCAUGGGCGCACCCCUUGGCCCCCGCCCCACAGGCUCGUUGGAGAAUGGGGAUGUGGCGCACCUCAAUGAGGUGGAGCGGCGGCAGCGCGAGUUGCAGAGCAAGCAGCAGCAGCUGCUGCGGGAGCAGCGCAGCGCGGACCAGGAGAAGCUCCUGUCCUGUAUAACAGAGAACUUGGGCUUCCACAAUGGGCGGCCCACCGCGGCCCUGGUGAUCUUCAGAUCGUGCUUGCAAUGGAAGACCUUCCAGGCCGAUCGCACCGUCUUGUUCGACAAGAUCAUCAAUGCCAUGGGCGGCCAGAUCGAGCGGCAGCAGGACAACAACGCCUGCCUCUCCUACUGGCUGUCCAACACGGUCACCCUGCUCUACCUCCUCCAGCGCAACAUCAAGCCCGCCUCGGGUGGCGCCUACAACGCCCGACUCCGCUCCCCCACCUCACGGACGGGCUUCUUUGGCAGCAAGGCGGGCUCGUUCACGUCGUUCUUCAGCCGGACGGGCCACUCCCCCAGCUCCUCCCCCAUGGGCGAGGCCUCCAUCCACGGCGGCGGCGCCGGAAACUUCCGACAAGUGGAGGCCAAGUACCCGGCGCUGCUGUUCAAGCAGCAGCUGGACGCGUUUGUGCAGAAAAUCUUCCCCAUGCUGCGCGACAAUGUCAAGAAGGAGAUUACGCCACAGCUGGCCGCCUGCAUCCACGCGCCGCGCGCCGUCACCACGCGCUCGCGCAGGGGGGCAGCCCCCCCGCAGCAGCUGGCAGAUUCUGCCGGGUCCCCCGGUGCGGCCGCCACUGCCGGCAACCCCCUGGCCACCCCUCCCCCCCGCCCUGGGGCCCCCCGCUCCUUCCUCGCCUCCCCCUGGGGCCCCCCCGUGUCCCCUCCUUUCCUCCGCAGCCAGAUGCUGAGCCCGCACUGGGGCAACAUCCUGGGCGUGCUGGACACACUUUUGACACAGCUGAAGGAGGCGCACGUGCCGGCCUUCCUGGUGCGCAAGCUCUUCCAGCAGCUCUUCUCCUUUGUCAACGUGCAGCUUUUCAACCAGCUACUGCUGCGCCGCGAGUGCUGCUCCUUCAGCAACGGCGAGUAUGUGAAGACGGGCCUGGCCGAGGUGGAGAACUGGAUCCACUCCGCCGGCAAGGACUGGGUCGGCGAGUCCUGGGACGAGCUUCGCUACAUCCGCCAGGCGGUGACGUUCCUGGUGAUCCACCAGAAGCACAAGAAGUCGCUGGAGGAGAUCACGAACGACCUGUGCCCCGUGCUCAGCGUGCAGCAGCUCUACCGCAUCUCGACCAUGUACUGGGACGACCGCUACAACACUGAAACCGUCUCGCACGAGGUGUUGGGGCGGAUGAAGCAGCUGAUGGUGGACAACAACACGGCGGCCAGCCACAGCUUCCUGCUGGACGACGACUCCUCCAUACCCUUCUCCCUCGACGACAUCCAAAACCUCAUGGACGAAAAGGCGCGGCUCUUCUCAUGCUUGUGUGGCGCUGUGCUGUUGCAGGAAAUGUACAGCGAGGUGCCGGUGCCCAAGAGCCUGGAGGGCGGCAAGUCCUUUGACUUCCUGCGCCGCGACCUGCGCCGGACGGGCCUGCUGCAGAGCCCCGGCGGGCCGGGCAGCGGCGGCUUUGACAGCAGCCUCCAUGGCGGCGGCAUGGGCGGCGGCUACGGCGGCGGCAGCGGCCUCUCCGGCAGCUCCUUGCAUGGCGGCGGCAUGGGCCACCUCGGUGGCGGCAUCGGCCACAUUGGGGGAGGAUGA